GGCUGGUUCUUGCACUUUGUUCAUGCUUUCACCAGCCUGCUGUCGCAGAAACCUGCGACACCAGGAGCAUCUUCCAAGCAAGCGUUGUUCAGGAGUAAAGGUUCACAGAGCGCAGUUUCAGCUUCUAAUGAGAUCCAGCAGAACCAGCCACAGGCACUACACUAUGCACUAGCUAAUGCUCAGCAGGUUCAGAUCCACCAAAUAGGAGAAGAUGGACAAGUCCAAGUAGGUCACCUCCACAUAGCCCAGGUUCCUCAAGGCGAGCAAGUCCAAAUCACGCAGGACAGUGAGGGAAAUCUGCAGAUACAUCAGGUUCAUGUUGGUCAAGAUGGGCAGGUGCUGCAGGGUGCUCAGCUGAUAGCUGUUGCUUCUGCUGAGCCUGCAUCAGGGGGUGUUGAUGGAUCCCCACUCCAAGGGAGUGAUAUCCAAGUCCAGUAUGUACAGUUGGCACCCGUGACAGACCACUCUGCGAAUAAUCAAGGCACUGAUACCCUUCAGUCAGCAAUCCAACCAGAAAUGCAGAUAGAGCAUGGAGCAAUCCAAAUUCAAUAAAACGAGAAUUGUGGAAAGCUGCAUAAACCAAGAUAUCAGUGAACUACAGUCGGAAUUUAAGUGCUGUAGCCUUCAUGCAACAACAGGAGAAUGGAAACACCUGUUAGACUAACGGUCACACCUUACGCUUCUCCUGUAAACAUCAGAGUUCUGAUGAUGUGUUUGCUCUUCUACGCGUAUUCCUCGUCUGGAAUAAAUCAGACCCAUUUACUUCAAUUGGAACUACAUCACUAUACAUCAGUUGAGAACCCGGCCUUCAAAAAUACGUGGCUAGCCCUUAGGUAUAUUUAAAGAGGAAGAAAUCCUUUCUGAAGGAGGCAAAGAAAUCUAGUAAUCAAAACAGUAAGACUAAAUUAAUGUUUCAUCCUGUCAUUUCUUCUGUGAAAUACACCAUUUGAAUGUCUGCAGAUAUCUUAUGAAGUGUAUUGCUGCUUUGCAAUACUUGCUUUACCAUGUAGAGAAAAUCAAGAGCUCAAAUAUUUUUCACUGUUUAAACAGCUUUUUUAUUUGCUAUGGUGUUUAUAACAAAAAUGGAAAAUAUUAAAAAAAAAAAAUCCCAUAACUGCAAGUAUUAGCCUUUUGCUGGUGUUUUCUGUUCAGUGUAAUGAAAGAUGUAUUUGCAAAAGACUAACAAUUUUGUUUGUACUGUUGCUUAACUACUUUUCUAGGGGAAAAUGCUUUUAAAUGCUGUAAUUAUGCAUUUCUAAUGAAAGAAAUAAAUGUGUAUUUAUGAAUUAGUGCAGCUCUAAGUUGCUCUCUGCCUUAGGAAUGAAUACAGUUUGCCUGGCUUGUGGUGUAACUGUGUAGUUCUGAAGUAUUUGAAGACAGUUGCUAUCUGGCAAG